AUCUUUGGUUUCCCGCCAAUUUCUGGAUUGCUGUGGAAAUAAAGAGUAUAAAAUGCAAUGUUUCUGUGCUUGAGCAGCUGGCAGAGAACUUCCGAAAGCUGAGCUGAGGGCAGAGAGUAGCUGGUGACCGUAGUGAUCUGGUUGUGAGCUCCCCUAUCAAUUCUCAUCAAAUCUCAAACAUUUCCGUACGCGACAGCCGGCACACCACGGUACACACUGGCACGGGAAGUUGCAAGAAACAAUAUUUCUUCUGUUCAUGGGUGAAGUUGCAUACACCCUGCUUUGUGCGAUAAUUAGCGAAUAUGCUGUAAUGUAUUAUGGAGUAAAGUGUUUGUUUUUGUGAAUGUUAUUAAAAUUAUUUUCAAACUACUUCCUGUGUUGCAUUUUUGAUUGCCCAGUAUAUUUUUUUAGAGGCAAUACUAGCAUUCCUUCUUCACAAUAAAUACUAUGAAUUUACUCCAGGAUCGCAAUUUUAAGCUCAAGUAUCAAAAGUGUAAAUAUAAAGUGAAAGUUUGGGAAAGCGAAUUUAAGAAGAAAAAUGGACAUAAUCCCACCAAGGAUGAUAUUAGAGAGGCUCCAAGUUAUGUUCGGGAGGCAUAUAAGAAGUAUUAUGACAUGAAAACUAAAAUGUUAGAAGAACUAGAUAUCCUAAUAAGUGAAGAAGCUUUGUCUCCUAGAAAUGAGCAUGCAGACUCAAAAGCAGAUACUACAUCUGGGGCUCAUAUUAAAACAGGAGAAGCUAAUGAUAAAACUGAAAUGCACAGAGUUGCUCUAGCUGAUAUACAGAAUUGCCCUGAGACCACAGAUGUGAACUUGCCUCAGAAAAAACCUGUUGCAAAGGAAGAAACAAUUGAGCAAAAGCCUGUAAAAGAAAAUGAUGUAUGGGGUGUUCAUCUUAAUGUUACUAAAACAUCCUGUGAAAAGAAAAGUCUUCAACGCAGUUUUUCCUCCACCUUUGCUGAGAAACUCGCUAAAGGAGCUCAGUUUUGCAAACGUAAUCCUAGAAAAUCCCUUUCUUCCCGUAGUUCAAAAAAUUGUAAGCCUGGUUUAUUUAAUACAUUAUCUCAGGAUUGUGAAAGUGGAAGUUUGUCUGUAUCAAAUAUUAGUUUUUCUCAGGAGAGCAUAAGUGAUUCUGUUUCUUUGUCUUGUUCUUUACCUUUUGAGUCCUGUAAUUUAGAAAAAGACACUGCAAGUCCUAUAAGUUUCUCAUCGCAGUUGCAAACAUUAAAAUGUAUUAGUGAAAAGAAAACGAGGAACAAUCAUCCCAUAAGUAUUGUUCAGAAGGCAGUUACUUCCAACAGCAUUGAUGUUAAAAGGAAUGUUGAUAAAGGUGAUAAACUUAUGCCUGAAAGCGAAGAUGAAGAAGAUUCUCAGUAUCCUUCUCUUGAAGAAGCAGCAGCUAUGGCUGCAAAGUGUAAUGUACCUGCUCAGAGAAUGUCAAUGCAGGUAUUACAGGAUUCACAAUUAAGUUCUCAUCAGGAAAAUGAGAAUGGACAUCUUGGUGUGAAAGUACCCAAUUAUGUGUUAGAAUCUUUAAGGCAGGAAGAAGAAAAGAAAGUAGUGGACCCCAUUUAUCCUCUUGGGAGUGACGGUAGUCCAAUGGCACCCACUGAAGAUGUAUACUCUGUUUUACAAGAGUUUGGUCAUACUGAGUUCCGCAGAGGUCAGGCAGAAGCAAUUAUGCGAAUUCUAUCAGGACUAUCCACGUUAGUGACACUGUCUACUGGAACUGGCAAAAGUCUUUGUUAUCAACUACCUGCUCUCAUGUACGCAAGACAUAAUAAAUGCAUUACACUAGUUGUGUCACCUCUUGUGUCUUUGAUGGAAGACCAGGUGGCAGGUUUACCAAAAUGUAUCAAAAUUGCUUGCUUGCAUUACAAUCAGACACAAUCACAGCGCAAAGAGAUAAUGGAGCAAGCCAAGGCAGGUGAAUUGCAUGCUUUGUUGGUGUCACCAGAAGCCAUAAUGAGGGGAGGGAAGAAUGGCAAUUUUGGGAGCAUCAUACAAGAUUUACCUCCCAUUGCUUUUGCCUGCAUUGAUGAAGCUCACUGUUUGUCACAGUGGUCACAUAAUUUUCGACCUUCAUAUCUUAUGAUAUCUGAGGUGCUGAGAUCAAAAUUAGGUGUUAAAACAUUUCUAGGUUUAACAGCCACUGCAACAUUUUCCACAUGCAGAAGUAUUUUAGAGCAUCUUCAAAUACCUGAUGAUGGCAAAGGAGUUAUUAAAAAUGUUCCUUUGCCUGAUAAUUUGGUGUUGACAGCCUCUUGUGAUCGCCGCAGAGAUGAUGCACUGUUAACAUUACUGUCUGGAGCACGUUUUGCAAGUUGUGAUAGCAUAAUAGUGUAUUGUAUAAGGCGAACUGAAUGUGAACGAUUAGCAGUUUUACUACGUACAUGUUUAAAGGAAGGACAGCGUCCUGAAGAAAAAAAAAUUCGUUGUCAAGUGUCAACUAAUGCUGAACCAUAUCAUGCAGGACUUACUGCAGCAAGAAGAAGAUUAGUACAGAAAAGAUUUAUGAGUGGAAAAACUCGAAUUGUCGUUGCCACAGUUGCAUUUGGGAUGGGGAUAGAUAAGAAAGAUAUUAGAGCUGUGAUUCAUUACAACAUGCCACGAAACUUUGAAAGUUAUGUUCAAGAAGUUGGACGAGCAGGCCGUGAUGGCUUGCCAGCACACUGCCAUUUGUUUUUGGAUCCAGAUGGAGCAGAUUUGCAGGAACUCGGUCGCCAUAUAUUUGCUAAUUCAGUAGACCGUCAUGUUAUUAGAAAACUUCUACAGAGAGUGUUCGUGCCGUGUCGUUGCAAUCGUUUAAAAAAGCUUGCAGAGAGUUCUUAUUCAGAAGCUAAUAUUAAUGGAGAGGAGAAAAUUUCUUCUAAUACAUCAGUAAAAUGUCCAGGACAUGAAGUAGCUUUCAAAGUUAAUGAAACUGUGCAAGCUUUAGAUAUACCUGAAGAAAAUAUUGCAACCAUGCUGUGCUACUUAGAACUUCAUCCAAAGAAAUGGAUUAAAGUUCUUUCACCUGUUUAUACCAUGUGCAAAGUUCAAAGUUAUGGUGGCCCAAAGGCAUUCAAAGAAGCUGCUAAAAAUAGCCCUCCUCUAGCAAUGGCUGUAGCACUUGAUCAACGUCAAGGUAUUGCUCAUGAGAACAGCAAUAAAAUUGAAUUUCCUGUUGUGGAUGUGGCUGCAGCACUAAAUUGGGACAGUGGCAUUUUGAAAAUGGGGGGUAAAUGGAAGCGUACUCGCAUUUGUGUGGAGUUCCAAGAACUUGGAUUUAGAGUAUUGGCUCCAGGAAUGUUACCUGCAGAUGAACUUGAUGAAGCAUUGGAUGUGCUUUAUGAAAGAGUUGAGAGUCAGGAACGUGCAUGUCUGCUGCAACUUCAAUAUGCAUUUGAUGCUUUCAAAAGUGUUGCUUAUAAAUCUUGCAUCGAGUGUAUGGAUUCUUCAGAAGAGUCACGAAGUGAUGGUUUGAAAAAACAGAUUCGUGAAUAUUUUGAGCUACAAUCAUUGAAUUUUGAUAUGAAAAUAAAGGAGGCAUUAAUGCAUGAAGAUCAAGUGAUAGCUGACACUCGCCAACUUGUUUGCAGUUAUCCUGACACCACAUUCACAGGUCGAGCAGUAGCUCGAAUAUUCCAUGGUAUUGAAAGUCCAUGUUUUCCAGCUCGAUCUUGGGGUCGUUGUAAAUAUUGGAGAGCCCACCUGAAUGAGGAUUUCAAACUGUUGGUUAAAGUUGCCACUCGAGAAAUUUUGUCUUUGAGAUAAAAUCACAGAUAUUCUUGAUUUUGGUAAUCAAAGAAACAUUGCGAAAGUUUCGGGGGUCUGUUUGUGUUGAUGUUUUCAUAGUAAAGAGAGGAAAAGGCUGUCUAGCAGAAACAAUUUUUCACUCUAAGUGUUCGUUCAUAGGCUAGUCAUAUUUGAUGUUGACUUACCAUCAAAUACAAGAUAUUAACAGGGCACAGAACUAAAUGUAAGAAGUUACAUUGGUUAUAACAUAGAAAACUAGGUUUUUAUGUAUGGAAAUCUGUAUUAACAGAGAACACUUUUUAUGACAAUAAUCCCAAUCCCAACUAUAUAAAUUUUAAUGUCUUCUUGCAUGAUUUUAUGAGAAUACGGUGAAUUUUAUGUUUAAUUCUAAAAGUAAUCGUUAUGCAUUUUUUUCUGAAUUUAUAAUGGAAUAGAGAAUGUAUCUGGGCUCUGUAAGCCAUUUCUUGAAAUAAGUAGAUGGCUAAUAUUUACAUGUUCAAUGUUUAUUUAAAAACAACAAGUGGGGAUAAUAACAGCCUUAUAUCUGAGAAUCAUUAAAACGCCCUUUGAUAUGGUUGUUUUUUUUACAAUUAUUUUAAACUAUUUUAAUAAAGCUUUGCUUUUGGAUGAGGAUAUAAUUCAGAAAAAUAUUUUACAAAGAGUUGUGUUAAAUAUAGUUCAACAAAAUUUGUUAUUUUAAUAAAAAAUUCAAUUUUAUUGUAUUUGAACUUUCCUUGAAUAUAAGUCUUGUUCUAACAUUUUAAUACAAAUUUAAGAUUGACAUUUGACGACUGAAUGCAUCAUAGGACCAUGUAAUGCCGAUUGUCUAAUAAGUGUGGUUGUUGGGUUGAUUUUCUUGAAAAGAAAUCUCAUUGUUAGUUUUAAUCAGAAAAUAUUUUAUUUAAUAACAGGCUUUCACCUCAGUGAAAUAACCUUGAAAUGGGGAAGACUGAGACUCAAGUUGCAAAGAUAAAGUUGUCAAUGCACAUUUUUCCCUGAAUAGUUGAAUAAACUUGUUGAUUUUGUGAAUGAAGAUUUCAGAAACUGCAUCAUUACUUGCAAGUUAGAUAAUGCAAUGUUGGAACAAUUAUAAACAGAAACAUGUGCACUAGUUAAAAGUAUAUAUUAAUGUUCCUUGAAAAGUUUCUGAAUUUAUACAUUUUUUUAUCCAGUUAGAAACUUCAUGUGACUUGUUGAACUCAUUGUUGUGAAAAUACUAGACGAUCAAAGACAAAAUGUAAAUUUUAGACUUGAAUUGGUAGCUGGGGCAAAAUCUGUGUAACACAUCCUGCUAUAUAUUCUGUUGUUGACAGCCAGACAGCAUUGGCAAUUUGGAAAGUUAACAAAUGCUCUUUUUUUAAAUUAAGAUAUUCAGCGAAAUAGAAAAUAAUUUCAAUAGUGCUAGCUAAUCCUGUAAAAUGUGACUAUAAUCCAAGAAACAUACAAAUUUUGAUAAUUCCAAAGUAAAGAACCUAAUGUAACCUACAAAAAUUUGUGUACAUUCUUGUUGUACAGUAUAUUACUGGAUAGUGUGUUGAAUUAAAGUAUAUUGUACAGUGACUAUUGUACAUUGUAUGUUUGCUGAAUGAUUAAUUGCCCAAGUUGUAAAAAUUAUUUCACAGAACCAAAAUUAUUAUUACUACUUUAAUUUAAAAUUUCAGUAUUCGUGAAAUUAUCACUUUACUCCAGUACAGUGGCAACUUUACCUUGGAAAUUUUGAGAUCUCAAUUUUUCAUUGUCAUUGCUUACCACAAUUUGUUCAAGUAAUGGGAUUAGAAUCGGAAGCUAAAUCAAUAUAAACUCUAUUUUGCUCUGGAAUAGUAAUGUCAUAAAAAUUUGUGAGUGUAUUUAUGAUCUUAGGAUAAUAAAUGUUGGUUUUAAGGAUUUUGAUAAUUUAAUAUGUGUAUUCUUACCAAGUUUUUGUAUUGAGUGUGUUCUUACGCAAUGAAAAUCCCUGUGAUUUCGUUGUCUUCAGACCAAAGGAAGUGGGUCCCAAUAUGAUAUUUAAAUCGUAAGAGGAGGAAGAUACUGUUAUCAAAAUUUUAUAGUAGUUCAAAAAAUAAGAUUCCCAACUUACAGUACAUUAUGUAUUAAUUACCAGAUUUUAAAUAUAUCGUGAAAGUACCUUUUCUUCUUGGAUUGGAUUUUAGUUUCUGUCUAACUGGUUUGUGUUCUGUAGAUUAAUUGUAUACACAGUUAUAAAAUUGAAUUAAAGAAUCUGUUGUGGAAACAGUAACUUUUAGU